UCCUCCCGCAGAGCUCAGUGCUUUGCCCUUUACUCGGACGUAGAACUAGUCUGCAUCCCUCAGUUAGCGGUGCCCUACCCUUAGCAAAGAUGCAGGCCCUCCAGUGCAAGUCAGGCGUCUUUGGCAAGGCCGCUGUGGCCCGGCCCGUCCGCGUGGCCGCGCCCAGCCGUGCUCGUCUGGCCGUGUGCGCCUCGUACAAGAACCAGGAGAACAUUAACCUGGAGAAGGUUCCCGCCUUCAAGCGCCACGAUGCGGACGUCGGCUCGUCGGAGGUGCAGGUCGCUCGCCUGAGCGCUCGCAUUAUGCAAAUUAGUGCUCACCUGGCCCAGAACAAGAAGGACUUCGCUGCUCGCCGCGGUCUGGAGGCUAUUCUGAGCCAGCGCAAGUCGCUGCUGCAGUACAUGUACAAGACCGACAGGGACAUGUACGACCGUAUGGUGUCUGAGUACAAGAUCCGCUCGGUGAUUGUUGGCGACACCCGCGGUGCCGCCCGCAAGUCGGAGGAGCGGUCGUAAAUCAGCAGCCGUCCACGGAGCCCAGGCGCUGGCAUGGUCUUGCUUGACAGCGUUUCCGGGCGCGGUGGAGCUGCGGAGCACGACUGGAGGUUGUGGAGCGUUGGGUGGCGCGCCAAGGAGCGGCGCGGCGGUGCUUUACGAGAAGGCGCCGGGCGCUGGCGUUUCGCGUUAUGUGGGUGUGGGGGCGUGCCCUCGCCCACUCGCGAUGGGGUGAAGUAGGUUUGGGUGUCCGGGCUACGAGCCAGCUGGCCCCAACCCGCACGCACGCAUGCGGUGGUCAGGGACCAGGGGGGAUUCUGGGCUGGUUCGUCAGAUUCGUCCGAGCCUAGCGGGGAGGGAGCAGGCCCUUGCGCUGAAACUGCGUCGGCAGGGAGGCAGCAGCAUCUGGUGGGCUCUUCUUGUGAAAGCACCAGAGAUGCAAGGGACGCACCGAUGAGGAAGCUGUUCUUUUGACGGCACGGAAGGCCCGCCCGGUCACGGACGUCGUGGCAGCAGGAGGCCUGCUAGGCGUGCUUCAGUCCAGCAGGCAUAUGCCACGGCCGGGUCAAGAUGGUGUGGUUGUUUACCAGAGGCGGGCGCAUGACGUGAACUUAGAAAUUGUAGAUGAGUGUGCGGCGUUUGGAGGAGUUCUGCUGGUUGCUCCGCUGCGAGGGCCGCCCCAGUUUUGAGUUCCCAGGGGUUGCAAGCACGGAGCGCUAGCGGGGUGGAUAAGACGUCGAUGAGACGGCAUCUAGGCCGGUUGCGCGGUGGCGACGAAGCAGAGGCAAGGGGAUAGGCUCCCUGUAACACGAAAUGUUG